AUGGCUGAAGCCGCUAACACGUCUUGCUCCGUGUACAGAAUCGCCCGCGUCGCUGGCCAGCAGAUUCUGGCUUCCAACGGCGUGAUACGCGGCAUGAAGAACUGGGGCCAGUUCGACCUCCCCCGACCAACCACGAAACAUCAGACUCAACACCACCAGGGACAUUACUUUGUGAUGCAGUUCGAUGCCUCGGUCAAGGCGCAACAGGAUGUCCGGCGAUUUUUGAGUCUAGAUCCGCGAAUGAUCCGAUUCAGUGUCAUCAAGAUAGGUGACAAAUUGGGCGGCAUCAAUGGUGCCAUUGAAGAGGUGGACGGAGAGAUACCGUGGAACUCGGGCACACAAGUCAGGAACCCAUUUGCAGACCCUAGAACAACAAGGACCGGACCUUUGAGAUAG